AUGUGCGCGGCCCUGGCCAGCGCCGGAGGCCAGCUGCACCGCACUGAGCUGCUCGGCAUGAAGAGUGGCGCGUCCAUGGUGCAAAAUGGCGUGAUUGCAAACGCCGCCGUCCCGGGCGGCAGCAGCGGCGGCCAUCUGCAGGACUCGCAACAGCAGCACGAGCAGCAGCAGGAACAGCAGCAGCAGGAGCAGCAGCCGCCGCCACCGCGCGGCACCGCGCCGUGCCCGGGCGCAACGUGGUGCCGCCGCGCCGCGCGCGCCGUGCGGCAGCGGCUGCAGGACGGGCAGCAGCUGUUCCGGGAGUAUCAGUACGUGGUGGCGCUGGACGACACGAUCCGCCACACGCAGGCGGACGCGCUGCGAUCCGACUCCUCGUCGCGCAACCGCUACGCGAACGUGCUCCCGUACGACUACAACAGGGCGGCGGCGUGA